GACAUGCUGCGGCGAGUAUUUCACACUGAUAAAAUUAAAUGGCGUUUUAAUAGCGAUUAAUCGCGAUUCUGACGUAUUUCCGCUUAUUAGAGACACGGAAGUGCUGUGUUUGUCAUGAUGUUGCUAAUAAAGUUUGAAAAUAUAAGUAGUAACAGGAAGUAAUUCUCACAGACGGUUUCGUUUCUGGUUCCAAAGUUUCUGACAGUAGCGCUGCGCUGUACCGGACCCUGACCCCGCGGGCCCACUGCUGGCGGAACCGAUGAAUCAGAACCGAGUCCGAACCACGAAACGUUGACACAUCGUUGCUUCUGCCGCACAGCCUGAUGGGUAAAAUGCUAACAGCGCAGCAGGCGGUGAUUGGUGGAGACAGCUGGUCCAGGUGAGCGGCGGCAGGUUCGACCCGGCCCGGUUCUGCAUCCGCUCCCGUAGAACCUGAAGGUCCUGUUCAGAACAACGGCAAGAAGGAGGGCUCAGACCGGAACCAUCAGAACCAGACAUGUCCCUGUCGGCCCAGAGGGACCGGGUCCAGAAACAGGUGGAGGAGCUGGAGCGCAGCCUGGCUGUGACCCAGGACGAGCUGGACCUGCUGAGCAGUGAGACAGACGAUGGAUCAGAAAGUCAGGAUGAGGAGGGACAGGAAGGACAGAUCCCAGCUGACCUGUUGGCCCAGAAGCAGAAGAUCCAGUCAGAGAUCCAAAACCUGGAGGACAUGUUGGGUCCCCGCAGUUCGUCCCUCGACAUGUCCAGCGAGGACAGCAGCGACUGCAGUGACAGGAGUGAGCCGGACCUGUCUCCGAGUGCGUCCUCGUGUCUCCAGCUCAACUUGGUCUACCAGCAGGUGGUCCAGGAGACGCUGGACCAGCUGGAGGCGCUGCUGGCCCACAACCGCAGGCAGCAGAGGGAGCUCACAGCCCAGAUGAACGGACCAAUCAGAGAGCCCACCAGAGAAGGUCCUGCCUCGUCCAAUCAGCAUCCAGCUAAGCUGUUCCUGGGCAGCUUCCUGAAACCGUACUUCAAGGACCGUCUGACGGGACUGGGCCCUCCAGCCAAUCAGGAGGUGAAGCUGAAGGCUCAGAGGAUGAUGGGAUGUCCAGAAGACAAGAAGCUGAAAUUGAAAAGAUGGGAGAGCUGGCAGAAGACGCUGCUGGUCCACUCGGUGACAAGAGAUCACCUGAAGAGACUGAUGCUGCCCAAACUGUCCAGGCUGGACUUCCUGACCUCGAAGCUUUCCUCGGCUCACGGAGCCGACAGACAGCAGCUGACUGAGCAGAUCGACGACCUGGAGAAAGACCUGCAGCUGCUGAGGAUGAAGAGAGAGGAGGAGCUUAUUGGUGAUCGCUACGAAGAACACGACUGGCAGAAGAUCUCCAACAUCGACUUUGAAGGGACGAAGGACGCGGAGGACAUCCGUCUCUUCUGGCAGAACGUCCUCCAUCCGUCCAUCAACAAGACGGCCUGGAGCAGUGAGGAGGUCCAGAGGCUGAGCGCCAUCUGCAGGAGACACGAGGAAAGACACUGGGACUCGAUCGCCCAGGAGCUGGGGACGGGGAGGACGGCCUUCAUGUGUCUCCAGAUGUUCCAGCGUUUCGUCUCCGACUCUCUGAAACGCAGCAGCUGGACGGCAGAGGAAGACGAGCAGCUGAGAGAGCUGGUCCAGAAGAUGAGGAUCGGGAACUUCAUCCCGUACACGCAGAUCAGUUACUUCAUGGAGGGUCGUGAUCCGACUCAGCUCGUCUACAGAUGGAACCAGGUUCUGGACCCGAGCCUGAAGAGAGGCUCGUGGACCAAGCAGGAGGACCGGCUCCUGCUGCAGGCCGUGGCUCGUCACGGGGAGAAGUGUUGGUGGAAGGUCCGGUUGGAAGUUCCUGGACGCACUGAUGGAGCCUGCAGAGACAGGUAUCUGGACUGUCUGAAGAAGAACAUAAAGAAAGGACCGUUUGAGAGACAUGAGGUGGAGCUGCUGGAGCAGCUGGUGAAGAAACAUGGAGUUGGUCGCUGGGCCAAGAUCGCUGCAGAGAUCCCGCAUCGGAUUGAUGCUCAGUGUUUGAGAGAGUGGAGGAAGCUGGUGCGAGAACCUGCUCAGGACAGAAGGAAAAUCAAGAAGACCUGCAAGACAGGAGGAAGAGAAGGAGGAAGAGGAAGAGCAGGACGAGGAAGAGGAAGAAGAAGACGGGAUGCUGGAGGUUUCAAUGUUAGGGGAAUAUUGAAGAUGAAGGAGGAAGAGGAGGUGCAGAUAACUGAAGAGGAGGAUGACGACAAUGAGGAUGAGGUGGUGCAGUACAUGGACAGUGAUGAAGACUGUAAUAAGAAGAGGAAGAGGAGCAUGGAGGAGGAGCAGCAGGAGGAGUACAUCCUGCCUCCAAUGGAGGAGUGGGUUCCAGCUGAGGUGAACCAAAGCUCCACCUCCCUGAGCUUCACGCUGGUGGAGCUCCCUUCCUCCGGCGAGGCGCCGGACCGAACCGCGGUCCGCUCCACCGUGCUGGGACGGCCUGGACCCUCCGUCAUCAUCGGGCCUCCGCCCAGAGAGCUGUCCUGGGAGGAGCGCCACAGCUCCUCCGCCGUGCUGAUGGCGUCCCGGGAAGCGCUGCGUCUCCACCUGAGCGCCCUGAAGCAGAAGGUCAGCACCGGCCCCCAGCCAGGGCGGCGGCCACGCCCGCAGGCCCAAGAGCUGAGAUGCGAGCUGCAGGCCGCCGUCACGCCGUGGAUCGGGAACCUGCUGAUCCCAAAGAGCCAGAAACGGAGCGCCGCAGAUGUGCUGAGGGAGGGAGGAGAGAGGAGAGGCGUCUCCACCUCCUCUGCCUUCACACUGCUUCUCCAGGCCAUGAACGUAGACACGCUGGGCUGCCGGCAGAUGAUCGAGCAGAGGAAGAACCAGGUGGACCUGCAGGCCCCGCCCCACACCCGGGGGCCCAAACGGGUCUCAGAGCUCCUCGCCAACAGGAAGAGGAGGAACCAAGAGGAGGAGGAGGACCAGCACAGAGUCAUGCUGCAGCAGCUACAGGAGAAACGCAUGCAGGCUCCGCCCACCAUGCAGGCUCCGCCCACCAUGCAGGCUCCCCCCACCAUGCAGGCUCCGCCCCAGCACCCUUCUGGCAGAUGUCCUCAGGGGUUUCCUCGUAGUCUCGUCGUUCCUGCUUCCUCCAUCUACUUUGCUCCUUCUGGAGCUCCACCUGCUCCAGCAGAGCUGAAGGAUGUGGGCGGAGCCAGUGAGGGUGCAGCUGGGUCUCGUAGUGAUGUGGGCGGGGCUAAUGCAGGUGUGGAGUGCACAGGUGACGAAGCAGCAAAGCAGAAGGACAGAGUGAAUCUGGAGUCUGGAGCCCUGGAUUCAGCAGGUUCUCCAGAACCGGACCGGACUCAGAACUCAGACGGUCCUGCUGUCGGCGCCGCUCCCCAUGCAGCAUUUAGCUCCUCUUCCUCACCUCUGACCUCUCCUCCACCUUCUUGCCCCGAUCAGGCCCCGCCCACCUCCGUCUGUCAGAGUGGGGGCAGGAAGAGGGGGCGGGUGGAGGCGGGCGGCGCCGGUCCGGGGCCGGUCCAGGAGGGGAAGAGAGCCAGGAGGCCAACCCUGAAGAUCCGAGAGUCCAAGGAGCUCCAGGCUACAAAGAAGAAGAGAAGCUCCGCCCCUUCAAAGCAGAAACAUGUUGGCAGGGCCCAGUCAAAGGGAAGCAGCGCCGUGGAGGCUCCGCCCCCCUCACAGGUCACUGCUCUCCAUUUCCUCCCUAACCGGUCCAUGUGGGUCGUGACCCCUGUGGCUCAGGCUCCGCCCCCAGCCCUGCAGGUGGGGCUCUUACCCAGAGGCCCUCCCCUAGCGUCUGAAGCCCCGCCCCCUCUGGCGGCAGGAUGCUCCUCGGUGACCCCAGCUGCCCUUUGUGACCUCCAGCUCUCACCUGUUCCCACCUGUAGAUUUAAGCCCCUCCUCCCGGCCGUCACCCAGUCACCUGAUCUGAGGCCGACCAGCUGGCCCCGCCCCCACAUGCUGCUGACCUAUCAGGGAGCGGCGGGGUGGCAGACGGUGGGCCCGACCGGCCCCCCCCUCCGGAGGGCGGGCCAGCACUUUGACCCCACCCUGAUGUUCCUGGAGCCCCUGGAGGAGGUUCAUGAUUGGCUGAGAGGGAGAGGGGGCGUGGCCGUACCCAGAGCGGGGAGCGCCCUCCCCUACCUGCCGCCAUCUGUCAGCACUCUGAGCGCGCUCAGUGGCCUCCUGCGGGCGAAGGCGUCUGUGACGGCGUCGGCUCUACAGCUGAUGGCGGCAGCAGACGGCCGCCCCCUCCCUGACCACGCCUACUGCGCCUCAGGCGAGCCCUCGACCCGCUUCACACCUGGUACAGAGCAGCAGGAGGAGCUGCAGGCCGUCCGCCAGCUGGUGGCGCAGCGCUUCUCCACAAACCCCGCCCACCAGCUGCUGAAGGCCCGCUUCCUGUCCCUGUUCACACUGCCAGCGCUGCUGGCCACUGUGCAGCCAAUCAGCAGGAAGAAGCCAACCUGUCCGACCAAUCAGGAGGAGGAGGAGGAGGAGGAGCUGCUGAAACAAAUCCAGGAGAGAGGAAGGAGGAGGAGAGUCCUGACCGGAGCUGCUGUUCCCUAAGCGGCCACCAGGCGUCAGUGUUUCACCUCUGAGCCGGUUCUGCUCUGUUCCGGACUGGAACCAGAACCAGAACCGGUUCUGACCCCGUCUCGUUUCUCCUGCUGGCUGGCAACUCUGCAGCUUUGGCCAAUCAGGAAUCCAGUGCCAAACCAGACCCGGUUCUACAGAACCAGUCCAUGCAAGCUGACCCAUCUACAUCUACAGCGUUCAGGGGGCCGCGGUGCGUUCAGGGGGCAAUGGUUACAAUGUUGCACUAAAACAUGUUUGAAGUUGCUGCUUGUAAAUGUUUUUGUUUUUGAAAAAUAAUUUCCUAAUAAAAAAUGUUUCUGA